AGUCAAGAUGGCUGCCCCAGGUUCGAGGUAAAGGGUUGAUUCUCCCAGAUCUCCAGUGCAUGAGGCUCUUCUGAGUUUGACGUGACUUAGUGUUCCCCCCCCUCAGCAUCUCCUUCCCCUUACCAUGUCCUCCACCUCCUCCUCCUGCUCUUCUUCGGGAGAGACCAGUCCAGAGGAUGUUCCCCGAGGUGGAGGUACCAUCCGAGUCUACCUCCCCAACAAACAGAGGACAGUGGUGAAUGUUCGCCCAGGACAGACUGUGCAUGACAGUCUAGAUAAAGCUCUAAAAGUGAGAGGCCUGAGCCAGGACUGUUGUGCUGUCUUUCGCCUCUUAGAAGGUCGUAAGAGGCUUACCGAGUGGGACACUGAUAUCACUCCCCUGGUAGGAGAGGAGCUGCUGGUUGAGGUCCUGGACGAUGUCCCACUCACCAUGCACAACUUUGUACGGAAAACCUUCUUCAAACUGGCUUACUGUGACUUUUGCCACAAGUUCCUCUUUAAUGGCUUUAGAUGUCAGACAUGUGGCUACAAAUUUCACCAGCAUUGCAGCAGCAAGGUGCCCACUGUGUGCCUGGAUAUGGAUACUGUGACCAAACGGUGUGUGCCCAAUACCUGUACAGAUGAGUACCCACAGAUAUCUAUACUAUUGCCAGAUAAUUCCAUAUCCCAGAGUGACAUAGCCUUAACCCCAGAACCUGCUGGGAUGGGACUAUUGUCCCCGACGUCGGCUUUCCGUUUCCCCAUGCCUGGUGGAGAAGGCCAAUCCCUACAAAGGCAUCGUUCCACCUCAACUCCUAACGUUCACAUGGUCAGCACAGUGGGUCUUGCUGGUGCCAGCAUCAUAGAGGAAGCACUUAAAAUCAACAACACAAUGGGUCCUGAGCCCUCACCAAAGCCCUCCACUAGCCCACCAUCCUCUCUGGGCUCUCCAGGAAGGAGACCUCCUAAGUCCCCCUCAGAACACAAGGAGCGCAAGCCCUCUUCAUCUGAUGAUAAAAAGAAAGUGCACCGCGGGGGCUACAGAGACUCUAGUUAUUACUGGGAGGUACACUCUCGAGAGGUCAGCAUCCAGAAGAGGAUAGGGGCUGGCUCCUUUGGAACUGUCUUCAAGGGCAAGUGGCAUGGAGAUGUAGCCAUCAAGAUCCUCAAAGUAACCGAGCCAACGCCUGAGCAACUGCAGGCCUUUAAGAAUGAAAUGCAGGUCUUGCGGAAGACCCGCCAUGUUAACAUUCUGCUGUUCAUGGGCUUUAUGACUAAGCCCAACUUUGCUAUAAUUACACAAUGGUGUGAGGGUAGCAGUCUAUACCGCCAUCUGCAUGUCACAGAGACCAAGUUUGACACCAUGCGCCGCAUUGAUGUGGCCCGGCAGACCGCACAGGGCAUGGAUUAUCUUCAUGCAAAAAACAUAAUUCACCGAGAUUUGAAAUCAAACAACAUAUUUCUCCAUGAGGGCUGGACUGUAAAAAUUGGUGACUUUGGCCUCGCCACAGUAAAGUCUCGAUGGAGUGGCUCUCAACAAGUAGAACAGCCCAGCGGGUCUAUUCUUUGGAUGGCCCCCGAGGUGAUCCGGAUGCAGGAUAGCAACCCCUACACAUUCCAGUCUGAUGUCUACGGCUACGGAAUCGUGCUAUUCGAGCUAAUGUCAGGGACCCUGCCUUACUCAAAUAUCAACAACAGAGACCAGAUCAUCUUCAUGGUUGGACGUGGUUACUUGUCUCCAGACCUCAGUAAGCUGUAUAGUACCUCACCUAAGUCCAUGAAAAGGCUUAUCAUUGACUGCCUGAAGUUCAAACGUGAUGAGAGGCCCCUAUUUCCCCAGAUCCUGGUGGCCAUAGAGCAAGUCCAGGACCUGCUGCCAAAAAUUGAGCGGAGUGCCUCAGAGCCCUCCCUUCACCGAGCUGUUCAUGCCGAGGACCUAAACCCUCUCCUGUUCCACACCACUCGGCUCACGCCUCUCUAGGUUUCCACUGCUGCCACGAAACCACCACCACUGAGUUUAAAACAAUACCAUCACAACACCUAACUGGCAAAGAGGGGGCAGCGGUUUCCUUUGAUUGACUGCUCCACAGCCCGGUCUCGGUGGAGAUCCGCGUAGCAGGGAGCUCCCAACCAGCAGACCCCUCAUCUUAUGGAUAACUUAAAACACCAACGCUGCAAAACUGUACCAUCUGAAGUUAUAUAGACUUGCAUUAAGUCUUAGAAAUAUUCCUCCUGGAACAAGCUGGGGGGAAAAAUGCCAUUGGUAACUGUCUCAUGACAAUUUGAGGAAAAAGGUUAAUUUUGCUUAUUUCCAGUAACACUGACCUCGGUCCAAUGCUUUUCCCCCCCCCUUGUGAGAACUUAAGACUGAAUAUAAGAUCAAAUCACUUUAGAUCAAUAUUGUUUGAGUGUACACAGUGACAUACAGGUAUAUGUAUGUACUCAUGCAACCGACUUCCUGUUCGGACUCCCCUGAUCAAUCAGAACCAAACACGGCAACUAUCCCAAUCCACUGAUGGCCAUUGGAACUGCCCCUUCUGGUUACUCUACACAGCCCUCACAUUCCAACAAAUGCCUGGCAGUGGAUUUCUAAAGGCUUUCUAUUUCGCAGAUUCCUUUUUGUUUUAUCAGAAUGAUCUCCAUGAGCCUCAGGAGAGUACAGGAUAGCAGAUGAAAGAUUAACAUUUACUUGCGACUGUGUUUUUAAGUUAUUGUCGUUUUACCAUGACGAAGAUUUGGUUAACUUUAGUAAGAUUCAGUCUUAGAAUAUAAAAGUUUAGUUAUAUUGCUGCUAUACUACAGUGAUAUUUUUCUUUGUUAAAGCCUAGGAGACGACAUACUAGGAUUUGAGUACGCAGUUGUAAUGUGCAAAAUAUGCGCAGACAUACAGAUUGUUUUUCUUUUUUUUUGGCAGUGAAAUCUUAUACUGUAGUCUGUAAUGCCACAAAAGUCUUAAUAGAAUAUUUGCAAUGCUCAGCUUGUCUCUACCAUUGCACCAUGGAGCAGCCAGUGGUCUCCCCUCUUACACACGUACAUUUUGCCAUUAGCACUGUAGCUGUUGAAGGCAGUGUUAGGCUUAGGCAUUAACACAUAAUGCGCAGCUUUGUUGUCGGAUACGGUGAAUAGAUUGUUGGCAUGGAACAGACCUCCAAUCAGCUCUCUAGAUUUAUUUCUCCCUGAUACUUUCACUUGCUGGAAUUAUGUGAUGUGCAUUGUCUGAUCAGGAUUGUUUUCUUUCUACCCCAGGCAAUGUUCAGCACUCAGGUGAAUCACUCAGCAUCACUGUUCUGUGAUGCUACAAGCAGUUAUCAGUGGAUAUAUAAAUAUUUGACACAGACAAUGUACUUACUGGCUUUAGCUGGGGUGGUGAAACUGAGCUGCCUUAUGAAACUGCAGGAUGUGGUAAAAUGAUGUGACAGGUUCCAUGAUGGUGUCAGGUUGCUUUUCUUCUGACAUGGCUUAGUCAAAUUAUAAGAGUCCAAAGUCAGCCAGUGAAUACUAACUUACAAUCAUACCUGGGCACUGGAAAGGCCUUGACUUUUAGCUAACCUGUGUCCCACACUGUUGGAUGACCGUAUGUGCCUUGUCAUGGGGGUGUUAUCUGGAUAGACACUACUCCCAUCAAGAAAGCAAUGAAUCAUGGGAUUUAAAGUGAUCACUGGGAGUUGUUAGUUUUUUGAGCGCUGUUGGGAUUUAUUGGUCUGAUUCCAUGGAAAAGUACUGCACACCAAAUUUAAAUCAUUCCAACACAGCAUUGCGGCGGCACUCCAUGUUGCUGUCUCCUUUGCUUGCACUGUACCUUGGAGUUGCUUUUCUUAUCAGUCUCUCUUUCAUGAUCUAUGAAGCAACCUGAUGAUGUCCAAAUGGAAAGGAUGCUUUCAUUUCUUCCCAACCUUUUAAAGUAUCGGUGUGAAUGUCUUGGUUUCUCUCAGUGGUUAUACCAUGCGGUAAUUGUAUGUUUUCAGCGAUUUUUCUACAGAAAUUGACUUUUGCUCAACUUGUCAUAAUGUUUGGAAACAAAUUCAAGCCAUAUUUUAUUGCAGUUUUUAUAUACAUUUUAAAUAUAACUAACUUUUAACCAAGUGUGUCGGUGAAAUACUUUCAACGUCAGGCGGCUAACCCUUCUACAUUCCCACCUGAUGGCUACAGAGCAACCACUGUCUAAUAUUGUCGGCCACUUGGCAGUUCCACUGGGAAAGCUGGUGGUUGAAAUGCCUUGGUGUUGGUGGUUACUGAGUGUCUGGAUUGUCCCAGGUUAUCCUGUCAUUGGAGACCUCCCAUAAACAAGUUUGCUAAUCCCAAUUUGUAGAUUAUAUUUUUGAAUUAUCGUUGCAGUAAAUUGUAGAAAACAGCCUUUUCCCCCUUUUUUGAAUGUUGGAUGCUCCCCAGUUUUACUCUGCAGUGAUCACAGCUUAGCUAGGAAUGAAAGAAAUCAAUGUUAACAGUCACUGCUCCCUGGUGCAAUCUGGAGUGAGUCUGUUUUGACAGCACUCUGAUCACAAUAGAUAUUAGAAUUUUUUUAUUUUAUUUUAUUUUUUUGUGCUACACUUGGGUAUAAUUAUACUAACAGUAAUUGUGAUGGUGAUUUUUAAGGUUGUGUUUCUGAUGUACAGUUAGCUGGACGUGAUUUUUCGUUUAUACUGUAUAUGAUGUGAUUGAGGACAAACUAGUUAAGAACUGGUUGUCAGGUCAGUGGUUACUGAACAAAGAUACUAGACAGCUUUUCUAAGCAGGAGAUCCAUGUGUUUCAGCCUAGAUGUUUUUUUUUUUUUAAAUGUUUUGAAUAUAGGGGCUGGGUUACCCUUACUGUUACUCAUUCUGGUUGUUUCAAUAGGUUGUGGCUCUGGGGAUGAAUUGGUUUUGUCUUAUGGGGAUGUGCGGACGAGGGUUGGGGAAGACUUCAUGUUCUUUCACUUACUAUUUAUUGAUGUCUUUUGCAGACGUUCUCACACUGCAGUCGUGGAAUUUUUUUUUUUAAGGGGGGAUUUAAUGUUUACUGGGAGAGAUUUACUCUGCAACAUUUAAGUCAUGGCCUGGCGCACUCUCCAACAAGAAUGAUGUCCUUCAAAGCACGGUACUGUCUGUCUGCUCCUCCAAAUGAACUUUCUUUUCUAAUACUGUCUCUUGCAGAGGCAUUUGGAAUGUUUUUUUGUUAUUUUGUGAAAGAUCUUAGCCACAAAGUAGGUGUUAAACUUGGUAGCAACAUGGCAAUUUAGCUCACAUAGUCCUGUUAUAGUGACAUUUGUACUGUCUGCAAAACACAGUAGUAGGAGAGAAACUUUUUUAAAAAGAGGGCCAGUUCAACUUGAGUCUGUCCUAAUGCAGUUUAAAAUAAAGGACCGUUUGACUAGUCCAAAGGCUGUUGGAUAAAACAUAUCUUUCCAAAUAUUGAAAAACACUUAAUAGCAAAGCCAUUUUUUCCAGUAAAUAUCCAUAAUGCAAGAUUAGUACUGCUUUACAAUAAAAUACCAGGUUUACUUUGAAUUGACUUUUUUUUAUUUUAUUUUUUUUCAAUAAGCCUGUCACUUGGAGGGACUCGCUGUAGUGGAGCACUCUGUUAUAAGACUUGAUUUUCCUUUUCAGAGAGGACCUUGGACAUUUAAGCACAGUUGAAUGCAUUACCUCUGCAGUUCCCAAAGAGGACAGUGUUUUGUGUUGUCAUCCAGAGGAAUGGGAACAAGUGCCGCAGUCAACUGGAAUUCCCAGUCAAAGAUGGACUCCUUCCACCGACCCAAACCACAAUGCUGUCACAUAGAAGAUACCACUUUUUCUGCUGCCUUGGGAUAUUUUGCAGUGGCAGUGUAGAGGAAAAACCAGACUUAUUAACACAACAGUUGUUUGUUUCAGAGAAGAAAAGAGCAAGAGAACUGCAUCAGAGUAGGGUGGUGUUGUUUUUUUUUUGUCGUAUCUAGGUGAAUUUGCAAUAAUUGUGUUUAUAGUUUCUGAGGUAUCAGGGGUGUUCAGUUUGCAAUAAAUGGUGUAUUCUGCUGUGUACAGUUACAUUUUUUUUAAUUACGAAAUUGUACUUGUUUCUAUUUUUUGUGUGAUGGUUUCAAAAAGAACAAAAUUAUUUUAAAAACAUAAAGGAAAUCUUUAGUAUUUUUUUAGGGGUUUUUUUGUCUUAAAAUAUUGAUGAUGCAGGAUUUAUUCUUUAAAUAAAACUGUGGAAUACUUAUGAGAAACAUCUGUCUUUCUCGGUAUCUCUUUUUUUUGGGUGUUUGUUCUAUUUAAAGAGGAAGAGAUUG